UUAUCGUUCAACCAAAACUUUUUUUUAUUUUUAUCUUGUUCAGCACUGAAACAUUUUCAAUUGGGGUAUUCUUCUUAGAGCUGGUUAAUAUCGCAUCGUCAAAGACUCUUUUUCUUCCGGACCUAGCCAUGGCAGUCCCGGCAUCCUUACCAGCUUUACUGGACUCCUUAACAACCUCGUUAAAUUCAGCAUUCGAGGCCACUCCUAAAAUAUCCGGCAUCGAACCAACCAAGGACGGAGUAUCCCUCCUCGACGUCAAAAACGAGCUUCUACUCUCCUACCUACAAAACCUUGUCUUCCUAAUUUUACUUAAGAUCAGGAAUGCAAGAGAAGCCGGCUCAGAGGAACUGGAAGAGCAGAACGGAUCUGACCUCUCGGACACGGUUGUGAAAAAGUUGGUUGAAUUACGACUAUACCUUGAUAAGGGAGUUCGGCCCCUCGAGGAGAAAUUGCAAUUCCAGCUUGAUAAGAUAUUACGCGCAACUGAUGAUGCUGAGCGCGUUGCUUCUCAGGCGUUAGAAGAUGCCGGUUCAGAGUCAGAAUCGGAGUCGGAUGAAGGAGACAGUGACGGAGAUGCUUCUGAAAAUGAGGCCCCUGUCCGACCUAUAGUUGGUCCCUCAGCCAAGCAGUUUGGUCCCAGCUUCAACAACUUUGCGCCACCUUCAAAUCCCGUAGGAAUGGCCGCCAUUACAACGACGGAAGACAAGACAGGUGCAUACCGCCCGCCUAAGAUUACCCCGACCGUUAUGCCCACAGCCGAGCGGAGGGAGCGGCGUGAGCGCAGACCCAUGAAGUCUGCCGCCGUCGAUGAAUAUGUCGCGAACGAGCUAUCGCAUAUACCAAUUGCAGAACCGAGCAUUGGAACGACGAUCGUGUCCGGCGGCAGAAAGAUGAAGACCGCCUCUGAGCGCCAGGAAGAGGACCGUAAGCGUGAAUAUGAAGAGUCCAACUACGUGCGUUUGCCGAAGGAGAGCAAGAAAGACCGCGCCAAGCGUAACAAGACUGAGGGACGCAGCGCAAAGGUGAACUUUGGUGGUGAAGACUGGCGGGAUCUUGGUGAGGGCGUGGACCGAAUCGAGAGAUUGACCAGACGUAGAGAAGGCGGCAGUAGCACCAAGGCGCUACUCGAGAAGAGUCGUAAGAGAACCAGAGAGACGGUCGAUAGCGCCCGUGGAAGUGGCCAUGCCAUUGGGACUCGGGAGAUAGGCGAAAGGUUUAAUAAGCGUCUCAAGGUCAUGGAGGGCGGACGCAGAGACCGAGGCAAGCGUUAAGGAUAUACCUAAUGUCAACUAAAUAUCAUUGAAUCCGGACUUAUGGCUAUCUAUACAUAAGGUAUGCUAACUCCAAGAUUCAACUAAAAGUACCACAACAAAGGUGUCAACCCUGAUUAUGGCCUUUGAACAGCCACCGGUUUUGUCUUCUUCCAUAUAAUCAUAGUUCCCUCAGGUCCUUUCAUACUCAUUACGUAUCCUACACAGUCUAGCAACUUACAGCCAGAUUACGUUCUCAAAAAUAAUACAACGAGAAUUGAACCUCCUUUCCGCGAUUAAACUACAACAGCGGGUCGCCGAAAACAAUCCAGUACAGGGGAUCCCGUACGAACGUCGAA